AACAACUCAGGUUUCGUUCGGUACAAGACAUCAUCUUCGUAGGCUACCUUCUCUCGCUUGGCGGAACACACGAGGAACCAAGCACCCUCAGCGAGAGAGAGAUCACUAACAACGAAUACUUGAACGCCAUGAAAGUUGUGCUUAAUCCCGAACCAUUUAUCUCCCCACCGAACUCCAUUUUCUGCAACCACCGUCGAGACUCCACUUGCUUUCAGCUUCGCCCACUCCCCAAACUCUGCCCCCAACGCUGGAUUGGACGAAGCUUCUCUUUGACGCCCAAAGCAACGUUUGAUUCAGCCACCAUCGAGCAAUUCGGAAUUCCCGAGUUCGAUGUACGGAAUCCGGCCUUGUCUUCUUCGUAUCGCAGUUCCGCAUUGCCGAGGCCCAACCAGACGGUGUUGGAGGCCCAAGCUAGGGUUUGCACCGGACCAACCCAAACUCGUCCCCUCGAUGAACACCAAGCCUUCAAGGUCUUCGAUACAAUUCUAAGAUCAGCUAGGGGAGAACUGAGAGAUGAAGAGAAAGUUUCUGAAGCGCAACUUGGGGCAUUUUUUGCGGGGAUGACAAUCCGGGCGAAUGCCUUUCCUGAGGCGACGCAAUGGAGUGAAGGGGAAACACGUGCAAUGAAGACAUUCUGGCCGCUUCUGGUUAAAGCCCUUCCACCUGACGUGAUAUUUGUGGCGGACCCCGAAGGGUUGAUGAUGGGUGUGGGAAGUUCAAUUGGGCCACAGUAUGUUGGCAAUGGCACCAGCGAGAUGCGAUUGGUUGGCGCUCUUAGGGAGGUGUUGGCUGGUGGUCAUCUUGGAUUUGAGGAAGUGCAAGGUGUGUUAAAGGAUGUUCUUCCCUUCCAAGAGGGAGGUGAAAAGUCUCAGGGAGUAAGUGAGGCUUUGCUUGCUGCAUUUUUAAUAGGUCAACGCAUGAACCGUGAAACUGACCGUGAAUUAAAAGCAUACUGUCUUGCAUUUGAUGAUGAAGGUCCCCCUCCUGUUGCUGAUGUCAGAUCAUUGACUCAUUAUGGUGAACCUUACGAUGGUAACACACGAUUCUUCAGGAGUACAUUAUUUGUUGCUGCAGUUAGAUCUUGCUAUGGAGAAUCUUGCUUGCUUCAUGGUGUAGACUGGAUGGCACCUAAGGGGGGUGUAACUGAAGAGCAAAUGUUGAAGUUUAUGGGGGCAAAUAUAUAUUUAUCCCCUUUCAAGGCCAAGAAACUUCUAGAGGAUGAUGAAGUUGGUUUUGCUUAUGUAAGUCAGCGUGAAGCUUGCCCAUCUCUCUAUUCGUUAAUUAGGAUAAGGGAGCACAUAAAGAAACGCCCUCCGCUUGCAACGACUGAAAAGAUUCAGCAAUAUGUAAAGGCAAGUGGUAAGGAAGCUAUUGUUGCUGGAUUUUAUCAUGAAGGCUAUGAAGAGCCAUUGUUAAUGCUCAUGAAAAGAAGGGGUGUACAUUCAGGUUUAGUAGUGAAGGGAGAGGAAGGGGCCCUCUCAAUGACUACAAGAUUGCGAUCAGUUAACACAACUAGGGGACUUCCUGUGAACUAUUGUUCUGGGUUCCGUUCUCUUGACAUUUCAUCCACAUCUGAACUUGUUGGAGUGACACGUCAAGGUUUUAGUCUUGAGGUCAAUGCCAAGGAUUAUGGUUUCCAACCCACAGACACACCAAGAACUGAUAGAUCUGUCUCAAAGAACAUUGAAUUGGGUUUAGCAGCUCUCCGGGGUGAAAAAGGACCAGCAUAUGAUCGAAUUGUGUUGAAUGCUGGAAUGGUGGAUCACUUGCUUGGCGUUGAUGGUGCUGAAGACAUAUCUGCAGCCCUGGAUAGAGCCAGAGAGGCCAUUGACAGUGGUAAUGCUCUGAAACGACUCCUAAACUAUAUCAAGGUGUCCCACAAAGUAGGCUGAAUUAGUCUGAAGCGGUUGAGCAUAGCAAAAUACCUUUGGUGUACAAUGUGCUGGACACGUAAGGUAUUAAAGGGGAAGGAAAAACAUAAUCUGGGUUCCCCCUUCUUGAUCCCAAAUAAUAGAAGAAAUGAAAAUAGGAGAGGCUCGAGAGUUUAUUCUUUUUACUCAGCAGUUUUGAGGUUUUGAUUAUGUUUGUAUAACAGUUCAACACGCUUGGAAACCACAGAUAACUGUAUUUUGUAAGGUGGCAUACUAAUAGUCAAUGCUAGAUUUAUUUUUUGGCAUUUUUUUUUAUUGAAAGUAAAACAUUUGUAAAUUUCUCCAAAUUGCUAGUUAGAGAAGGUUGUAUU